AUGUCCCACGUACCUCCGAUGCAUCAUCUCCCAACGCCACCUCUGCGUUCGGCGAUGCGGCACUCGAGCAGACCUUCAAGUCCAUCGCCUUCACCAGUACCACUUGGAUCUCCUCCAACAUCAACUUCUGGGCUUAUCACAUCUCCUCAAAUUACCCAAUCCCAGCUACCACCCUCGACGACGUCGUAUGGGCUCGCCUCGCCACCCACAUCGUACGGCAAACUUCCCCGAGCGGUAACUUCAAGUUCCCUGGGGACACCCGCUGGCUAUACGCCCAAGGUCUCCUUUGAUACGUUUGAAAAUCCCAUGGACGAUGCCCUCUUCUCCUUUACGCUUCAGGUCAAAUCAGAAGGUUAUAAGCGUACUCGACGCACACGAGUCUUUCUCUGCGCCGCCAGUCCCGAUGAGAGUGGAAUGGAAGCUCUGGACUGGGCAUUAGAGUCAUUAUGUCAAGAUGAUGACGAGUUUAUUGUCGUGCGAGGCUUUGACACUGGCGAACUAGACAAGGAUCAUGAUACGCUCCGAGAAGAAGCUCGGGACCUAAUGAAGAUGAUUGGACAGAAAAACGUCGAAUACGACCCUGACCGCAAACUGAGCAUUGUCGUCGAAUUUGUCGCGGGCAAGAUUACAGAAACAAUCGAACGGAUGAUUGCACUAUACCGUCCGGAUAGCUUGAUUGUCGGCACGCGAGGCGAAAAGUCGUUCCUUCAGCAAGUCGGACAGGCCGUCGGUUCUCGUGUCGGGAGCGUUUCCCGAUACUGUCUAAGUCACUCUCCUGUACCAGUAAUUGUUGUCUCGCCGCAUCGUAGGCGGACUAUGGAGAAGCGAAGAGCGGAUCCAAAGAGGAAGACACAAUACGAAGAACUCACACAAGCGAAACACCACGGUCAUCAUGGUCAUCCGAUCCAUCAAACAGUCUCAGCCACCUUAUGA